AUGCUCCUGCAGCCACCAUUCACCAGCUACGGCCGCGGGCUCCAUCUUACAAAGCGCGGCCGCCUCAUCUCCACAGAACACUGCUACCCUGCUGGCCUUAGCUCUCCCUCGCUCCGGAGCCUGACACCAGCACUUAACAGCGCACAGACUCAGCAGCAGACCCCCCUGGACGGAGGACAACAGAUUUUGCACGGCGCACAACUGAAUAGAACACUGUGCUCAUCUCACCAGCUCCAAACCUGCUCCAUGCCAGCCUCAGACCUCCUGCGUCACACAACGGCUAAAGCUGCGGGCACCAUCAUCUACAGCGCCGCCGUCCUGGCUUCACAGCGCGCUGCUGUCCUGACAGCCCCAGCUCCAACACGCUGUUCCUCACUACCAGAGCUCGACAACAGCGCUCCAAGGACGAACAGACUGCACAGCAGACUCCCUGGAGGGGAAAGGUCCCGUACCACAGAUAAGCAGUCUGCCGUUCUCACCUCCCCAGCCCCAAGCCUGCCUCAGGUCUCCUCCACAAUCCCAGGUAAGAACUGCAACACAACCUGCCUGCUAUAUUUCACGUUACCUACUAGGACUUCUCCACAUAACAAGAAAGAGCCAUCAAGCGGUUAUAACUACAUGAAUAUUUCUGCACUCGCCUGAGCUGAAAUCUAAU